AUGGGUGAUGGUAAUAGGCAAGAUUUGUCACUGGAUCGUCUUGACUCACUCGUCUAUUUGGAUUGUGUUAUCAAUGAAGUACUUCGUUUUUCUCCGCCCUUUCCUGGAACACUUCGUACAUUGACGAUUGACGAUCAUCUACCCAACAGUGGUACUCAACUGUUCAAAGGCAAUCAAGUGGAGAUUCCAUUUCAUACUCUCGCGCGAGACACUCGGUUAUGGUCAAUUGAUCCGAAACUGUUCUAUCCAGAAAGAUUUAUGGGUGAGGAUAAAAACCAUCAUCCCUAUGCGUUGAUUCCAUUCGGUGGUGGUCAUCGACAAUGUAUUGGACAAGAUUUGGCUCGAUUUGAGCUCAAGGUGAUCGCGGCUAGACUUAUGCAGCAGGUGACAUUUGGUGAUGGUGGUCCUGAAGUCAAUAUGGGUGGACAUUUGGAAAGGUUUACCAUACUGCCCAAAUAUGUUGGAGUCACUAUCGAGUUCGCCUGA